UUUAAUCUAUGUGGGACAGAGUCCAAGACUGCUUUGUUUUGGCAUGAUCUCUACGGCAGGUUUUGGGUUUUUUGAUGAAGAUGGCUGGCUUACAAAUGCUGUUGUUCUUCUUCUGCCUGGGUUCAGUUCAGGCUGGGAAGCUGUUAGUGAUUCCAGCAGAUGGGAGCCACUGGACUGGGAUGAAGCCUUUAGUGGAGGAGCUGGGAAGGAGAGGAAAUCAGGUGGUGGUUGUCAUUCCAGAGGAAAGUCUCAGUAUGGGUCCUUCAGAGCAUACGACCACACUUACAUUUCCUGUACCCUACACUAAAGCUCAGCUACAAGAACAAAUGUCAUCAGGUAUGGAUUAUGUUGUUAGUACAGACACGUCUGCUGAUCUGGGAGGGCUUCUGGUUUCUUUCUUCAGUAUGGAGAUGCUCAAGACAUUCACAGUACAAAAUGCAGAGAGCUUACUGUACAGCAAGGAUUUAAUGAAGACACUGAAGGACUGGGACUUUGACGCCAUUCUCACAGACCCCUAUGAGCCUAAAGGAGCCAUCGUUGGUGAAUUCCUCAACAUCCCGUCCAUUUACAUUUAUGUUAACCAUCCGUGUGGUGCUCAUUUUUUGACCAGUCUGUGUCCAAGUCCAGCUUCUUAUGUACCACAACGACAUACUCACUAUUCUGACCGGAUGAACUUGUUCAGGAGGACUGUGAACACGGUAAAAGCUUUGCUGCAGCCCCUGGCCUGUAGACGUCUGUUUAGCCAUGCAGACGAGAUUGCCUCACGAUUUCUGCAGAGAGACACAUCCAUGCUGGAGAUCAUGAGCCAUGCAGCUAUCUCAUUAAUGCGCUUUGACUUUGACUGGGAGUUUCCUCGACCAGUCAUGCCUAACAUGGUCAUGAUUGGAGGAUUUUCUGUCACUAAACCAAAACCUUUGUCACAGGUAAGCUUUAAAAAUGACACUGCCAUGGCAGAUUCUUCCAACAAGUAGGUUGGACCAGUCAUG